UCAAUGUAGGCAUAGCCUAACUGAAACGUUUUCGUGAAGUUUAUCCACAUAAAAAAUAGGUUUAAUGUGGAUGUCAAAAAGUUUUAUUUAAAAAAAUUCACAAAAACAAAUAAAUGCGAUGUAUCUCGGAGUCGCGCGCCAUAGCGAGAUUAGCUCGUGGCCAUCAGUGAAAAGUACACGCGCAUCCUGCUUUAUGUUGAAAUGGGGGAUGUGAAGAAGUGUGAUGCCCGGGCUUUUAGAGCAAAUCUGUUAAGUGUGUUGUAUGGGAGUGUUUUGAUAGAAGUGUGAACGAUUAGGCUAACCAUUAUUGUCCCACGCGUAAACUGUCGGAAUGGUGGAUCAAUUGCGCAAAGCAUUAUAUUAAGGGUUGGUUUUGAAACUUUCUGAAAUUGAUGUAACGGCCUAAUGUCAGAGAAUACAAUGGUUAUUUUGAUGUAUUUUUUGUUGUUUUAGGUUGUGUUUGUUUGAGUUGAUUUUUUAGCUUGGUAAUUGGCAAGUCCACAACAGUUGUAGCUAUAUAUUUUCUUUGAUAAGACAGUCACUUUCAAAUGAAAUUAGCUUUUGUUCGUUAAGCAGGACAAUUAUUUGAGCCCACACGAGAAGACCUCACACACAUCAAAAGAACAGCAAAAACACCACUUUCAAUUAAAGCCACAUUCCAGCGCCUAGACCAAAACCAAGUCUUCCUUUGUUACGCAUCGGUGUAUAGGGAGGAAAACUGUUAUCCGAAAUGAUAUACACUAAUGAAAAGCAGCAUAGUGAUAGCAAACCAACAGAAAUACGUAAUUAAAAUACUUUACUUCAUGUUUAUUGUAAGAUUAAACGUAUAAAAUGAUUGGACUUUGCAAGGCGAUAUCCGUGAAAGCGCGUAAGAAGAAAACAUUCAUCAAAAGCUAUGCGAGGUAGGCCAGUCACUUGUUGAGAUUAUGCUAUAUUAGAUUAUUUCUAUAUGAAGGCGAGAUAGUAAUAUUGUGCAGUGUUAUACUUGUCCAACUGGCUAAACUGUGCACUUCUAUCGAUGAUCAUACUCUUUGAAAUUCAAACAGGUAAUAAUCGCCAUUCAGUGGUUCUUUUAAACAUAACGCAUGUGAAUGGUUCAAACCUUCUUUGAUAAUCUUUGGCAAUACCUUAGGCUGAAUAGCCAUCGUUUAAACAUCCCAGUGGGUGGCUAAAUGGGUCAUUAUUGGCUCUUACUUCACAAUCGGCAUUAGGCAUUGUCUCUUUCAUCCAGUACGCAUGUGAAUAUUAAUAAGGGGCUAACUCAGGGACGCACGCGAUUGGUCCGUCUUCUUUUAUUAUUCAUUAUGAGGAGGGCGGGCGUGUACUGACUGUACCUUAAGUGACCUGAACUCGAAAAUGAUGCUCAAAAUCUCAGUUUGGAGGGUGAAUCGCCAAAAUGAGCAAACAAGCUGUUGGCAUACCGGAGCAAAAAGACUCGAGACGGGUCCCAAAACCUCUCAUGGAGAAAAGGAGGAGAGAUCGCAUUAAUCAAAGCCUAGAAACUUUGAGAAUGCUAUUACUUGAGAAUACACACAAUGAGAAACUAAAAAACCCUAAAGUGGAAAAGGCUGAAAUCCUGGAAAGUGUUGUGCACUUCUUAAGAGCCGAACAAGAAUCAGGGAAGGACCCUUUUCAAAUCACUAGAGGAAAAAGGGAACGCACCGAGGAGUAUGAUGAGGACCUGAGCUCACCUUGCAAACGUCAAAGCUACCGAGAUGGAAUGAGGACAUGUCUCUUACGAGUCAGCCAUUUUAUUGCUAGCAAGAGCCAUGAGUAUGGGAAGGGAGUGGAAGAAACAUGUGGAAACCUUCACAAAUCACACCAAAUGCUACAUUCUACACCAUCCCACAGAGAAACUCAGGUGCAUCUCUGUGAGGAUCCAUCACUGCCGGCACAGCAACAUCUCACUCAUGUCCAACUGAGCAGUUCUUGCACACCAUCUGGCUGUGCAAAGCUUGCAGAAAGAACUGUGUUCUCUGCUCCCACCAUGACUUCAAGUCCUAAGCAACCUGUUAUGCUCUGUGACUCCGUCUGGAGACCUUGGUAGAAGAUCCUGUCCUAAGUCCCUGCAUAUAACUCCCCAACACUGGGACAAUAGACUGUGAAUUGUGUAAAUUUUCAGCAUGUGUAAAUAUGUGGAUUUUGUACAGUAGAUGCCAAAGAUUUAUUUUGUUAUAAAAAGGCAUUGACAAAUCUGUGCCUGUAUAGUUUGUUUGGAGAUCUUACAGCCAAACAAAUAAGAGUUGUGUUGAAAUGUAUAUAUUUCUUAGUUGUAACACUUUUUAAUACUUUUAUAUCAACUGAAUUUUCUUUCAAAACUUUUAUGAAAUCAUUUUUUUAUUUUUUUUUUAUGGAGAAAUCAUGUACUUAAUGGAGUGAAUCAAUGUUUCAAGAGUUUUGUUCUUUUGUGUGCCAAGAAACGUGUGGAAACUCUUUAGAGCACAAGAGUUAAAGUCGUUUUAAUUUUACUUUUUUCCCCUAUAUGUGCUAAUUUCCAUAUUCUUCUAUGAACCAUUGAAAUGUUCAUUUCAUUACUUUGAGUAAUAGCAACAAAUGUAUUGUUUGCUGUUA